AUGAAAAAAAAAAAUUUAUUAGAAGUGAAAUUAAUAAGAAAUUUUCAUUCAAGAAUUAAUUACUCUAAAGAAAUAAAGCACGUUUUGUUGGAAAAAAAUAAAUACUAUUUAAAAUGUGAGAAAAAAUCAAAGUUUUUGAAUAGUAAUAUUAUAAGAGAGUUUUCAAGAUAUUCUAAUAAAGGAAAAGAUGAAAAAGGAAGGAAUAUAUUAUUACUUAUAAAAAAGGAAUCAAUGAAAAAUUACAUAACCAAUUUAAAUAAUAAAAUCCAAAGUAUUAUUAUAAAAGAAAGAAAUAUUCAAAAAUUUAUUAAUAAGUUAUAUUAUAAAUUACACAUAAAAUAUAUGUUUUUAAAAAAUAAAUAUCAAAAUGAAAUUUCCAAAUAUAAAAACAUAUCUUCUAAUAUUUCUAUGAUUCAUUUGAUUAAAAAUGAUAAAAAGAUUAAACAAUUACUAAAUAAAUUAUUAAUACAAAAGAAAUAUAUUUUAAAUAAUAUAUACUAUUAUUAUAAAAAUUUUAAUAAAUCUUAUUAUAAAAGUUUAAUUUUACAUCAUUAUAAUAAGUCACCUAUUACAUAUUCUCUGAUGAUAUUACAUUUUUUAGUUUUUUUAUUAUGGUUAAAAUCAAAACCAGCAAAUAGUUAUGAUUAUUUUAGAAAACAAUAUUUGUCUUCAUAUAGGCUGACUUCAGAUUUCAUGUAUAAAUAUUUUUGUUGUAGUUUGCAAAGUUUAAAAGAAAAAAAAUUAUUUACUUUAAUAACUUCAUUAAUAAGUCAUAACACUAUUCAGUCUUUUUUAUUAAAUACUAUAUCUUUAUAUUAUAUAGGAACUGCUUUAGAAAUGUUAAUAAAUUCUAGAAAUUUUAUCAUCACAUAUAUAAUGAGUGGAAUUAUAUCUACAUAUAUUCAACUUUUAUAUCAUAAAAAUAAUUAUAAUAAUAUUUAUGUAUUUGGUGCAAGUGGUAGUAUAAGCUCAAUCUUAAUGACAUAUACUUUUUUAUACCCAAAACAAAACAUCUAUUUAUAUGGAAUUAUUGCAUUACCAUUAGCUUUAUUUUCAGGAUUAUAUUUUUUAAAUGAAUUUUACUGUGUAUUAACUGGAAAAGAAGAUAAUACAGGCCACAUUGCUCAUUUAACUGGAAUGGGUUUAGGUAUACUUUAUUAUUAUUAUAUUAAAAGAAGAAUGUUUUUAUAA